UGGCCUUGAGCAGAAGUGCAGAAGCAGGUUGAAGCAAAAGCUGUAAGAAAGGAAAGAAACUGAGGAAGAAAUAUGGCUGUAGGAAGGAACAUGGCAGCUCCAUUGCUGUUUCUCAACUUGACCAUGUAUGCUAUUGUGCUGGGUUUUGCUAGUUGGUGCAUUAACAAAUAUAUCAAUGGCCAAACCAAUCACCCCAGUUUUGGAGGAAAUGGAGCAACAAGUUUCUUCCUGACCUUUGCAACUUUGGCUGCUGUUGUGGGCAUAGUGUCAAAGUUUGCAGGAGGAAACCAUAUCAGGGCAUGGAGAAAUGAUAGCCUGGCUGCAGCAGGGGCAUCUUCAUUGAUAGCUUGGGCCUUGACCGCCCUUGCUUUUGGGUUUGCUUGCAAGCAGAUCAACAUAGGAGGAUGGAGAGGAUGGAGGCUCAGAGUAUUAGAAGCAUUCAUUAUAAUCCUCACCUUCACCGAGCUCCUAUAUGUCUUGUUGCUUCAUGCUGGGAUAUUUAGUAGCAGAUAUGGCCCAGGCUACAGGGAUACCGACUAUGGAAUGCAUGGUGCAGGAGGAGUUGAUCCUGUGCACAAGGGCAGUGCCGUGCCGGUUGCGUCUAGGGUCUGAAGACUGAUAGUACUGUAGAAACAUAAGUUAAUCUUUAAUUUUCGUUUCUUGAUUUGGAGUUUUCCUCAUCUCUUGCAUUUUCAGUCUCCCUAGUUUGUUGUGUAAGUAGAGAUAGUGCCCACCCCCCCGCUUUUUUUUUUUGUUGUCUUUUGUACGUCGUUUAUGUUGAAGGAUUUGCAGCAUCUUGUGUGCAACACAUCAUAAAUGCAAUGAUUCUAC